UUGUUCCGCCCUCUCCUUUCUACCCGAGGUGUAGCCGGUUAGGUUGAGGCUUAGCGAACUGCUGUGUGAGAGGAAAGUGACAGGGCUUUUUUAUAUGUAUUUAAUUUUGAGAAAAAGAGAACAGAUACAUUACAGCGAUUAACAGUAAAACAGCUCGUCAUGGAGUCUUAUGACAUAAUAGCUAACCAGCCUGUGGUGAUUGAUAAUGGAUCAGGUGCUGUUAAAGCUGGCUUUGCUGGAGAUCAGAUUCCCAAAUACUGUUUUCCCAACUAUGUGGGACGUCCCAAGCACGUGCGGGUGAUGGCAGGUGCCCUGGAAGGGGAUCUCUUCAUUGGCCCUAAAGCAGAGGAGCACCGGGGACUUCUGUCAGUGCGGUACCCCAUGGAGCACGGGAUCGUGAAAGACUGGAAUGACAUGGAGCGCAUUUGGCAGUAUGUCUACUCCAAAGACCAGCUGCAGACUUUCUCUGAAGAGCAUCCUGUGCUGCUGACUGAGGCACCACUGAACCCCAGCAAGAACCGCGAGCGAGCGGCCGAAGUGUUCUUCGAGACCUUCAACGUGCCUGCCCUCUUCAUCUCCAUGCAAGCUGUCCUUAGCCUGUACGCCACAGGGAGGACGACCGGUGUGGUCCUGGACGCGGGGGACGGGGUGACCCACGCCGUGCCCAUCUACGAGGGAUUCGCCAUGCCGCACUCCAUCAUGCGGGUCGACAUCGCCGGGCGGGAUGUGUCUCGCUACCUCCGCCUGUUGUUGCGCAAGGAAGGCUACGACUUCCACACGUCCGCUGAGUUCGAGGUGGUGCGCACCAUCAAGGAGAGAGCAUGCUACCUGUCCUUGAACCCUCAGAAGGAUGAGACCCUGGAGACUGAGAAAGCCCAGUACACACUACCUGAUGGCAGCACUCUGGAUAUCGGGCCGGCCCGGUUCCGGGCCCCUGAGCUGCUGUUCCGGCCGGACUUGAUUGGAGACGAGAGUGAGGGCAUUCAUGAGGUGCUAGCCUUCGCCAUCCAGAAGUCAGACAUGGACCUGCGACGCACACUCUUCUCAAACAUUGUACUGUCAGGAGGAUCCACGCUGUUUAAAGGUUUUGGGGACCGGUUGUUAAGUGAAGUGAAGAAGUUGGCACCCAAAGAUGUUAAAAUAAAGAUCUCUGCACCCCAGGAGAGAUUGUACUCCACGUGGAUUGGGGGGUCAAUCCUGGCUUCUCUAGACACCUUCAAGAAGAUGUGGGUCUCCAAAAAGGAAUAUGAAGAGGAUGGAGCUCGCGCCAUCCAUAGGAAGACCUUCUAAUAAAAGACAGGCCCCCCCCAGCCCCGAUCGUUCUGGUUCAAAUCCAGCCCCUCCACCUUCCCAAGGCCCCUUUCCCACAUUUUACAGGGAGAAGCCAGGAUCCUUGAGCCCGGCAUGCCAGCUGAUGCCCCUCUACACACACACUCGUGGGGCAUAUCAGCCAGGACUGGCAGAAGGUUCGGGCAGACAGUCUUGGUCAAUUUCCCAUCCACCCGCCCCAGAUCUGUCAAACACAGCAGGCUUUCAGACACAGCUCCCUCUGUAGUGGACUCUUAUAUUUGUACAUUUGGGCGAAACUGAUGGCUGCAUUCCUAAACGAAAGCAUGAAGUAUUUAUAAAGAUGUUAAUCUAAGCCCAUGUGAUAUCAUUGCUCUUUCUAAUGAGUUGUUUUUGCCAUUAAUGGAAGUUAAUGUUCUUGUUAACUGGAUAAAUUCAGUUCUACUUUGA